AAAUGUCAGUUAUUUUGUCAUAAAUGCUAUGGAAUGUUUUGUUGUGUUUAUUUGAUGUAAAGGUUGGAAUUAUUGGUCGAUAGUGAAAUAGUUGUGACUUGAUAUACAUUGGCAAAAUGUCCAGAUUCAGAGUGGACGGGAUAAGUUAUAAUCUGCGAGAUAUGACUUUAGACGAAUUAUAUCAGGAAAUAGAAUGUAUUGAGGAGUCAAUACCGUCAGAUUCAGAAUCGGAAGUUGCUGUUUCUGACGCUGAAGAACUUGUCGAUAAUAUUGAAGGUGGUGAAGUUGAAGAAAUCGUUCUUUCAGGCAGUGAAGAUUCAGAAUCUGAUUUACCAUUAGCGACUGUGAGAGAUUUGAUUAUUAACAAUGUUACUCCAAUUACUACACCAAUUAUCACUCAAGUUUAUAGUCCACCAACAUGGUCAAAUGAUUAUAAACCUACUGCACCACCAAUAUUUACCCAUCCCUCUGGGGUGCCUGCUUUUAUAAAAAAUAUAGAUAAGCCAACCCCCUAUACACUUUUCCAACAAUUAGUACCAGAAGGAUUCAUUGAAAAUUUGGUAUUUCAAACCAAUUUAUAUGCAGAGCAAGUCAAACAAUCUUCUGGUAAAAACUAUGUCCCCACGAACACAACCGAAAUAAACACAUUUUUGGGUAUCAAUAUGCUUAUGGGCAUCAAGAAGUCCCCAAGUUACAAAGAUUAUUGGUCCACAGCGCCUGAUCUAAAUGACGCUUUCAUUUGUAGUCUAAUGAACUUGAAACGAUUCAGUUGGCUACUGUCACAUUUACAUAUUAACGAUAACUCUCUUAUGCCUCCCCGUGCGUCCCUCAAUUUUGACAAACUCUUCAAAAUACGUCCAAUGAUAGAUGCAUUGUCAGCAACGUUUGAAAACUGCUUGCUCCCAAACCAACAAAUAGCUGUCGAUGAGUCAAUGAUAAAAUUCAAGGGACGUAAUUCGUUGAAACAAUAUAUGCCCAAAAAGCCAAUCAAACGAGGCUACAAAGUGUGGAUACUUGCCGAUAAAAGUGGAUACUGCUUGAAAUUUGAUUUAUACACAGGUAAAACAAAUUCUCAGGAAAACUGCCUUGGCUCUCGUGUUAUACAUCAACUUACAUCUCAUUUGCGUCGUAAAAAUCACAUGUUAUACUUUGACAAUUUUUUUAAUAACGUCCCAUUGAUGGAAGAUUUGAAACGGCAUGAUAUACAUGCUGUUGGGACAGUCAACAUGGCACGACGGUAUCUACCUACGUUCAAGCCCGACAGAACUAUGAACCGCGGUGAAUUUCAAUGGUUUACCAGCAAUACGGGGUUAGCAGCCAUAAAAUGGAAGGACAAUAGAGCUGUACACCUUAUAUCAAACUGUCAUGAUCCAGAAAAUUUGAGUGAAGUAAAGCGGAAACAGAAAAAUGGCAGCACAACUAUGAUCCCAUGUCCUGAUGCAGUGAUCGAUUAUAAUCGGAACAUGAAUUAUGUUGAUAAGUUUGAUCAAUUAUUAUCAAGUUAUAAAAUUGAUCGGCGGAGUAAGAAAUGGUGGCAUAGAAUUUUCUUCUAUUUAUUGGAUGCUGCAGUUGUAAAUGCGUACUGCAUUUAUAAACUAUUGGAUUUACCCAAAAUUACUGCUAAAGACUUUAGACGUGCUGUGAUAAAUGGUUUGUUGGCAAAACAGUUGGUGUCUAGAAAGCGACGCUCGUCAAAUGCAAUACCCAGGACAUUAAUUCAAGUGAAGAAAUCAAAACCGUUCAUCCCUCCUGAAGUACGACUGUGUUCUUCAAAACAUCAACCUGCACGUAGCUCCCGAAGAAGAUGUGCACUAUGCAGCACCAAAGCUAAACAGGUGCGCACAGAUUGGAUUUGUUCCGUGUGUCAAGUACCUUUAUGUUUAAGCAAAAAGAAAUCCUGUUUUCAGAAGUAUCAUAUCAAUUAAAUUGAUUUCACAUUAUGUAUUUAAAAAACUCUUAUGUAUGAGAAUAAUGGAUUGGUGGUACAGUUAACAUACCACCUCAAAUUUUGAAAAAAAUAAGCUCACUUUUGAAAAAAUACGUUUUGUUUAUGUGACUUGUACAUAUUUAAGCCAGUUAUCUAUUUCGUUUUGUAAUAUACUAACAUUAAAAAUUU